GGCUUUGUGGUGGUCUCCUAACCUGUGUCCGGCACUUAAACACACGGAUGUGGUGAGGUUCAGUUUGAAACAGGAAACAGCAUUUCUCGCUCUGUACUUUUUUAUCAGACCUGAGCUGAGAGAGAGAGAGAUAGAGACUGAAAGCAAUUGCAGCAGAAAUGGGCGCACACUGACAUGCUAUUUGAGGAGGAGUCUCCAGUGUCAGCAUUUCUUUUUGUCCUUCAGUUUUCUCUCCACCAGAAUUCUGAAAACCAAAAGCCUUCGUGCUUUCUAGUUUCUUAUUAACAUGACAAGUUGUGUUUUGGUUACCUUAUAGAAAGAGAGGCUGUCACAGUUUUACUUUGAAGUUAUGAUUGAGGUCACAAGCCAGCAAGGUGCUGUCCUUGCCUUCCUGUCCCUCUCAACCAUGGUCUUCUUCUCUGCUCUCUGCAUGUGGUGUAGAAAAAAAUCUAUGAUUGUACAAGAGGCUAACCAGCUCUAUGUUCCACAAGUUCUUGAACGAGGGGGAAGCAGGAUGGUUGUGACACAUUCAAAAAAAGUGACAAAAAUUAACCAGACGAACACGAGUCAGUGUCAGAGCUCUGGGAACUUUGCACCAACAUCUAACAGUCGCCUGGACUGUGUCCAAGAACAACCAGGCAGUUACCAGAACAUUCCAAAAUCCGUUCGAGGCAGUUUGGAGCCGACUUAUGUAGACCCAAUAGCAACACCACCACACCAAAUCAGUGUCAUGGCUGAUGAUGCAGAAUAUGCAAAUAUUUUAAAAACAGAAGUUGUUGACCAUGAUUCAGACAGUUACGAUUACGAGAACACAGAAUUCCUGCACAACAGCAAAAUGGACGACAUCGAUGAGCCAGAUUACGUCAACGCAGACACGACUGACAACUAACACACUUCAAUAAAGCUUGACAUAGUUAUUUAAGCUAGAUUAAGUAUCUAUUAGAAUAAAUUGCAUUAUUUAAUAGCACAAAACAAAUGCAUUGUAAACUCAUUACAUUUUAACUUUCAGUAAAAUUAUCCAUGUAUUAAGAGCAUAUGUCGCUGUAAAAAAGACCUAAGCAAAUUUGCUUUUACAGAAUUUAAAUUAGAGUAAGGUAUGUUUCACUACAAUGAAAAUAAAAACUUCCUGAUUU